UUGUAGCCACCGCCACGGCCUGACCCCACAGAGCACACAGCGGCUCUAACCCACUGGGCGUGACUAUGGAAAGCUGCCGCGUCGAUUCAUAGGGAAGCGCGCGCGAAGCCCAGCCCCCCUGUCGGCCAUCGCAGGGGUGAACUGUGCGUGCGGGAAGGGCGGGAGGUCUGCAGCUCAGUGUGUCUCUCAGCUACGGCGGCGGUUGUAUGGAGUUCCCGGAGGAGGAGGAGGAGGAACCGGAUUGGCUUUGCCCGGAGCCUGGCGGUCGUGAGAGCCACGCGGCGCCCGGGAGAGUCUCCUCCGCCACUCUCGGAGCACAAUCAGGUCAUAUCAAGACUGUGCCAUCAGGAAGUACAGCACACAGGGUAAUUGUGCAUACUGACCUGGACUGCUUUUAUGCACAAGUAGAAAUGAUCCAUAAUCCUGAAUUAAGAGACAAACCUUUAGGUGUUCAGCAGAAAUACUUGGUUGUUACCUGUAACUAUGAAGCCAGGAGACUUGGAAUUCAGAAACUUAUGUCUGUCAGAGAUGCUAAAGAAAAAUGCCCAGAGCUAGUGCUAGUUAAUGGAGAGGACCUGACACAAUACAGAGAAAUGUCAUACAAGGUUACAGAGCUGUUUGAAGAAUUCAGUCCACUGGUAGAAAGACUUGGAUUUGAUGAAAAUUUUGUGGAUAUCACAGAGUUGGUAGAGAAGAGACUAGCACAGCUGCAAAGAGAUGGCUGUUCCAAAGUGUCUUUGUCUGGUCAUGUGUAUAAUAAUCAAACUGUCAAUUUACAUGAUGAUAUGCAUAUAAGACUUGUCAUUGGAUCUCAGAUUGCAGCAGAGAUGAGGGAAGCCAUGUACAAUAGAUUGGGUCUUACAGGCUGUGCAGGAGUGGCCUCUAACAAAUUACUAUCUAAACUAGUAUCUGGCACCUUCAAACCAAAUCAACAAACAGUUCUUCUACCUGAAAGCUGUCAGGACCUAGUAGGCAGCCUUGAUCACAUCAGUAAAGUUCCUGGGAUUGGCUAUAAAACUACCAAGCGCCUAGAGUUGCUGGGUCUCAGCAGUGUGCGUGAUCUCCAGACCUUUUCACCUGUAAUACUAGCAAAGGAACUAGGAGUUUCAAUGGCUCAGCACAUUCAGAAGCUCAGUUAUGGAGAUGAUGACUCCCCUGUGGCCGCCUCUGGACCUCCUCAGUCCCUUAGUGAUGAAGAUUCUUUUAAAAAAUGUUCAUCAGAAGUGGAAGUUAAAAAGAAAAUUGAAGAACUACUCGCUAACCUUUUAGACAGAAUAUCCAAAGAUGGAAGAAAGCCACAUACAAUAAGAUUAACCAUCCGUAAAUUUUCAUCAACUAAUAAAUGGUUUAGUCGGGAGAGUCGUCAGUGUCCUAUUCCCUCUCAUGUCAUUCAGAAAUUUGGGACAGGAAACUCUGAUGUUGUGGCCCCACUGGUUGGUAUCCUUAUGAAAUUGUUUAGAAAGAUGAUAAAAGUGGAGAUGCCAUUUCAUCUUACCCUUCUGAGUGUCUGCUUCUCAAAUCUUAAAGCUCUGCCUAGCCUCACCAAAGGAUCCAUAGGAUUUUAUUUAAUGCGGUCGUCACCCCCUUCAAGUUCUGGCAAAAAAAUGGAUGAUGUUCCACAAGUCCAGGUGAACUCCUGCAGUUUUAUACCAGAUGGAAGAAUUAGAAAUACAAGAACUAGAGAAUCUUCACUAGAAACCAAAAGCUGCGCAGAAGAACCUGGAAUUUCUGUUUGUCCAAUUCAUUUGCUUCCUGCUGGCAUUGACCAGGAGGUCUUCAGUCAGCUUCCAGAAGACAUUAAAGAGGAAAUUAUUUCUGACAAAUCUGGGCAAAGGAUCCAUACAAAGAAUAUUUUGAGUCAGCCAUUACCUUUUUCUAAAGGAGCACUACCAUUUUUUGCACAAGAAGAAAUGCACACUACUCCAGAUUCCAGAAGAGCAGAUCAUUGUAUCAGCAGUCUGGUAUGCAGUGAACAUUUUCAAUCUACCAGUGAGCUGGAGACAGCCAUGGUACACAGGCCUAAUCCUAAUUGUAGUCUCAGUCUACAGGAUCCUCCUGAGUACCCUGAAAGUGCACUAAUAGAUAACUGUAUGGAACAAGUACCUAAGGAAUCACUGAAUUUCAAUAGCACUGAUUCAAUUGUAUUGAACCUGCAAAGUCAACAUUUUCUUCAGCCUCACAGUUCAGACAGACAAGAGGAGCCCAUUGGAGCAGCCUCUCAGGAUAAAGGUCUGAGAGACCAAGCGUCAGGAGAAGGAAGAAUUGUAUUUCCUCCUAAUGUUGACCCAAAUAUUUUUUCUGAACUACCUGCUGAAAUGCAAAAGGAACUACUGGCUGAAUGGAAGAAUCUAAAACCUGUUUCCAAAAUGCAUCAGAAUAAACCUUCUGAAAAGCUAAAAACAAACAAAGGAAAAAAGAAUGUGGUGUUGUGUUCAUCACAGUCUAACAGUUUAUUAAGAUAUUUUAAACCAAAAUGAUUAUAUACAUAAUACAGAGAUGGCUGGUAUAAAACAUUUGUGAUGAUAAAAUAAGGAGGUAAUACAAUCAUAUUCAUGCAUUAAAGAAAUGCACUAUUUUAAAGUGUAAUGCGACAAAAUAGCAUACAAAAACGGACCAUCUUAACAAUAGUGUAAAACUAUUGAUAAUUCCUUUUAAAAGUGAUUAAUACUAUGUAUUCUUGUGUUAAACUAGCAGAUUAAUGUUUUAUUUAGUCCAAAGAGAGCAGCAAGAGAGACUUACUUCCCCUUAAAUGCACAUUAGAUGUGAUGAAUCCUCCAGUUGUUACUACCCAAACUAAAACAUUGCAAUCCAGUUUGAAACACUUAUACUUGUUCUUGUAUCAACCAAAAUGGCAUCCAUUAGGGCAUGGGUGUUCUUGCUGUUAAAACAUUUUUUUAAAAAUGGAAAUACAGAAAAUACUGAUUUGAAUGGUGGGGCUUGUGAAACUAAUGGAAUAUUGCUUUCUUAGUAGUUACAGUCCCUAACUGCUAGAG